AUGAGUAAUGAUUUAAAAAAAAAAAGAAAAUUAUAAAAUUAAAACAAGUGGGUGCGGCUAUCGAGAGAGGUAAGCACACUCCCCUGCCUCUCUCUCAAAUGUGGAUCAAUACUCGCCGGCUUCUUCGUUCUCUUCUGCUCUCUGCAAAACCGACAACGCAUAAUUGAAGGAAGAAUUUAUUUAAGAGAAAAAUCUUUUACGUAGAUAGAAGUAUUUGACGGAAAAAGAAUUAUUUAAUUAUUAGAAAAGAUGACUUCAAAAGUUUUAGUGAAACUUCCAACUGUUCCUUUUUCACAAGGGAAAAAAGCACCACCUGAACUUGUGAGCUUGCCAGCGAGAAAUGAGGGAAAUAUACAAACUCGACAGCAAAGAAUGAAUGGAGAUAGAACAGCUCAGUUAGAACAAAAUAUGAAAUUUUUGCAAGAACAACAUCAAGCUACUUUGGUUGCUCUACAUCAAGAAGUUGAAACAUUACGUCAACGAAAUAGAGAUUUGCAAUUCCAACUUGUUUUUUCAAAAGGAUCAAAUGUGUCAAGUCCCGUGACAUCUCCCGAAGAUAGUGGAAACGGGUUCGUGAAACCAAAGGGAAGCCCGUCGUGCGUUAACGUCACUCCCCUCCAGGUUGAACUUCUGGAAAAGGAUCUUCAGGACAUUAAGACAUCAUUAAAUGAUGCGAAGAAACACAAUAUUUAUCUUGACGAUAUUAUUGAGAAACAAAAAAAAAUGUUGGAACUAAAGGAAAUUAAUGAGAAAAAAUUGGCAGUAAGCGAUAUUGGAAUUCAAGUUGGUGGUGGUCCAGAUCCAGUGCAAAUAGAUUUGACCAAUCGCUUAGAGGAUGCUGAAGCAAUGGUGAAAAGACUUCGCCGUGAAAAUGAAGAUCAACGAAGGGAAAUUGCCACAAUAAAAGCAUCACUCUACAAUGGAAAUGGAUCAUCGAAUGGUAGAAAUCGUAGACCGAAUAAUUCUCAUCAUCAUAAUCGUGGCUCACAAGGCGAAGGUGAUGAGCAUACUUCACAUAAAUUUCCACCUUUACAAACUCAAAGUUAUUGGCAUCGUGGCUCUAGAGGAAAUCACAGUUUUGAUCAUAAUUCUGAUUAUCAUCGAAAUGGAAGAGGACGCGGUGAAAGACAGGAUCGUGAAUCAGAAACAAAUAACACUGUUUUGCCGCAAUUGCGUCAUGGCGCAUCAGUAAAAUCAGAGAGUUCGGCAAUUUAUUCGCCGUCAUCGUCGUCGUCGUCAUCUCAUAGACAAAGAUUUUAUGUUGACGAUGGAAGAAAUAAUUUUCACAGUAGCGAUGGACGAAAUCGAAAAUAUCGUGGGCCAAGAUCGCAAAGGGAUCGCCGUGACACUGAUCAUCGUCGAGGAGAAUAUAAGGAUCAAGAGUAUCCUGAAUCUUCCGCCGAUGGCUCAAGGGACACGAAAAAUACUAGGCGACAAUAGAGUGCUUGCAUUCUUUCCAUUUCUUUUCUUUUUCUUGACUCUUGUACGUGUCGUUAUUCGUAAAUAAUAUUUAUAUAUUAUUCCACUUUGCAAAUCGCAAGAAAAAAAAAAAAAAAAAACAGUCACGCAUUUUGUUAACAGAGAGAGACUGAACGCGCACUGGGAAUUCGUUUUAGUCUUUGCGGGAUCUAGAAUUGCAAACGCAGAAAAAGAAAGAGAGAGAGAAAAAGAAAAACCAUUUAUUUUUCUUUCAUCGAUUUCUUUGAAUUGAAUUUCUUUAAUGAGGUAUUUUAAUUUUUUCUUUUUCAUUAAUUUCUUUUUUAAAUCUAAUUACUUAUUUAAAAUUUUAUUUAUUCGACUUUUUUAUUUGUAUUUAUUUUCGAACUUAUUUUUUAUUUAGAUUUUUUACAAUUAAUGCUUUAAUAAUUUAUUUUUAUUUGCAGAGAAUAAAUCUGCUAUUGCUCCAUUUUGCCUCGGUUCCUGGUUUAAAACAGCAGGUAAUGGAUAUUUUAAUUAUAAAUACAUACUUUUUUUUGGCGAUUAAAGCUUCAUUAAUAAUGAAGUAUUUAUGCGUAGAAAACGUAUAACACUUCUUAAAAAAAAAAAAAAACAAAAAAAAUUCCUCUACCACAGAUCGCUCACUAGGAAGGGGUCACACGUCGUAUAUUGCAUUAUCUCAUACCCUUAAAUCCUUAUAGAUUACGGUGCGAGAUUUAAGCUUUAUAGAUCAAUAGCUUUGUCGGAUAAAUAGCGAUUAGUCUGACUUACAUCAUUAAAGUCAUAUGUUAAACAAUAUAGAAAUAUUUAACUUCCUGAAUUUUUUUUUUUUUUUUUUUGAAAGAUAAGACCAACAUUUGUUAAUAUUUUUAUUUUUAAUAAUUACUUUUGAAAAGUUCUUUUCAGAAGUAUAAAAAUACUUAUUUAUCAUAUUAAUUAUUUUUUAAUCAAAUUGUAUUAAUUAAAUAAUUAUAAUGGGGAAUCUCAUUGUGGCAGUUUGAAAUUUAAAAAAUUAUUUUGAUAACUGAAAAAAUUAAAUAUUAAUUAUAUUUUAAUUAAUUGUGAUAAUAAUAUUGGCAAUGAAAAUUGAAUUAUUUUGAUAAUUAUUACAAAUUAUUUUGGUAAUUGAUAUAGUAAUAAAAUAUUUAUAAUUUGUAAUUUUAAUUAAUUUACAUUAUAAUUAAAAAUUAAUAUUUUUUAAUAAUUAAUGGAAAAAUUCUAUAAAUUAUUUAUUUAAUUACCAUCAAAAAAAUAAUUUGAAAAAAGUGGGAUUCCCUCUUUUAAAAAAGAAAAUGGAAAAUUAUUUAUAUAUUUUAAAUUAAAAUUAAAAAUCGUACAAGUUGAGAACGUACCGUGCUGACUGAAUGUAUAUUAUUAUUAUUAAAUUAUUAAAGCUUAUAAUCGAAUAAGCAAAAUAAAUUUAUGCAGAUAUAUUAUUCGUAUAUUCAAUCUACUAUUCGAUAUCUUCUAUAAAUGUAGAUUGCAGAUUUAUGAGAUACGAGACUUGUAUGUUUAAAUGGGUGAUAUAUAUAACGAUAUUAAAAAUAUAUGAUUAUUAUAUGCA